GAUAUUAUUCAGCAUUUCUCAGCUAACCCACCAAACCAACACAUGCACGAGCAUCUCCUCACCACGCCACCCUGCGCUUCACCAGCCACACUUCGUCCAGACAGAAGCGUUUUCUGGAAAUGUGUGAAUUAUAUACGCUACGGUUUUGCACAUGAAAAAUGCCGUUAAGUUGGAAUUGCCAAAUCACAUACAGAACAGAGUGUAGAAAUUAGUGACCAUGAAGGUCGACAGAAGCAAAUUGAAGAAAACCCCCACUGAAGCGCCUGCCGACUGCAGGACUCUCAUAGAGAAGCUGAAGGGAUGCAGCGAUGAACAGCUGUUGCUGGAACUGCAGCAAAUCAAGACCUGGAACAUUGGCAAGUGUGAGCUGUACCACUGGGUGGACCUACUGGACCGCUUUGAUGGCAUUCUCUGUGAUGCGGGGCAAACAGUGGAGAACAUGUCGUGGUUGUUGGUGUGUGACCGGCCAGAGAAUGGGCAGCUGAAAGCCUUAUUACUGGCGGUGCUCAACUUCACUGCACUGUUGAUCGAAUACAGUUUUUCAAGACACUUGUACAGCUCUAUAGAGCACUUGACCACUCUUCUAGCAUCAUGUGACAUGCAGGUGGUUCUCUCUGUGCUGAAUCUCCUGUAUGUGUUCAGCAAACGUUCCAACUACAUCACUAGACUGGGCUCGGAUAAGAGGAGUCCAUUGCUCGCUCGUCUGCAACAUUUGGCUGAGAGCUGGGGUGGGAAAGAGAAUGGCUUUGGUCUUGCUGAGUGCUGCAGAGACCUGCCGAUGUCGAAGUAUCCACCUAGUGCCACCACAUUGCACUUUGAGUUCUAUGCAGAACCUAGCUCUGAGGUCAAAGUUGAGAAGAAGGCGAGCAGCAACACACUACACUACAUUCAUAUCGAACAACUUGAUAAGAUUUCAGAGAGCCCAUCAGAGAUCAUGCAGUCUUUGACGGCAAUGUACAUCAUCCCUAAAGACAAACAAAUAUUACUUUUCACACACAUUCGUCUGGCACAUGGCUUUUCCAACCACAAGAGGAGACUGCAGGCCGUGCAAGCCAGGCUACAUGCCAUUUCCAUUCUCGUGUACUCCAAUGCCCUUCAAGAGUCAGCCAACAGCAUACUCUACAAUGGGCUUAUAGAGGAGCUAGUGGAUGUGCUUCAGAUCACAGACAAACAGUUGGUGGACAUCAAGGCUGCCUCUUUGCGUACUUUGACGUCCAUAGUCCACCUGGAGCGGACCCCAAAACUCUCGAACAUUAUUGACUGCACAGGCACAGCCUCCUACCAUGGAUUUCUACCUGUGCUUGUUCGCAACUGUAUACAGGCUAUGAUUGACCCACUGAUGGAGCCGUAUCCACACCAGUUUGCUACGGCCCUCUUCUCCUUCCUAUACCAUCUGGCCAGUUACGAUGCAGGUGGAGAGGCUUUAGUAUCUUGUGGUAUGAUGGAGGCCUUGCUAAAGGUGAUCAAGUUCCUUGGGGAUGAGCAGGACCAGAUCACAUUUGUGACGCGGGCAGUGAGAGUUGUGGAUCUCAUCACAAAUCUAGACAUGGCUGCUUUUCAGUCCCAUGGCGGCCUCUCAAUAUUUAUCUGCAGACUGGAGCAUGAGGUUGACCUCUCCAGGAAAGAGUGCCCUUUUGUUAUCAAACCAAAGAUCCAGAGGCCUAGCACAGCUACUGAGACAGAGGACAUGGACACUGAUAUGGACAUGUCAGAGGUUGCCAUGGAGAGCAGUCCUGGCCCCUCCACUUCUUCUGGUUCCAGACCAGAGACAGACACUCGAGCACAGAGCAAUGCAGCCAGCACCCCCAGAGCAGGAGUGCAGUGCAUCCCUCAGAGAGCUGCUCUGUUGAAAUCUAUGUUGAACUUCUUGAAGAAAGCCAUUCAGGACCCUGCAUUCUCUGACGGCAUUCGUCAUGUAAUGGAUGGGUCCCUCCCUACCUCUUUGAAACACAUCAUCAGUAAUGCAGAGUAUUAUGGACCCUCACUGUUUCUCCUGGCAACGGAAGUAGUGACAGUGUUCGUAUUCCAGGAGCCCUCUCUACUGUCCUCUUUGCAGGACAAUGGUCUCACUGAUGUCAUGCUACACGCACUGCUCAUCAAAGAUGUCCCUGCUACCAGAGAGGUGCUGGGAUCCCUGCCUAAUGUCUUCAGUGCCCUGUGCCUAAAUGCCCGGGGUCUGCACUCCUUUGUGCAAUGCCAGCCCUUCGAGCGGCUGUUCAAGGUGUUGCUCUCACCAGACUACCUGCCAGCCAUGCGCCGUCGACGUAGUUCUGACCCACUAGGUGACACCGCCUCUAACUUGGGCAGUGCUGUUGAUGAGCUAAUGCGACACCAGCCCACGCUGAAAACCGAUGCUACAACAGCCAUCAUCAAGUUGCUGGAAGAGAUUUGCAACUUAGGCCGAUCACCUGAGUACAUAUGCCAGAAACCCUCCAUACAGAAAGCGGACGGAACUGUCACUGUGCCUCCAGCCCGCUCCAACCACGCUGCAGAGGAGGCAUCCAGUGAGGAUGAGGAGGAGGAAGAUGCUCUACAUACGUUUAGUCAACAGCAGGGGGAGCCAGAAAGCAACAGACAAGUGGUGGGCACAGAGGAGAGAAUCCCCAUCCCUCUUAUGGAUUAUAUCCUCAAUGUGAUGAAAUUUGUGGAGUCCAUUCUUAGUAAUAACACAACAGAUGACCACUGUCAGGAGUUUGUCAAUCAGAAAGGCCUUCUACCUCUGGUGUCAAUCCUCGGGCUGCCCAACCUGCCCAUAGACUUUCCGACCUCUGCUGCCUGCCAAGCUGUGGCAGGUGUCUGCAAAUCUAUACUGACUUUGUCCCAUGAGCCAAAGGUUCUCCAGGAGGGUCUUUGUCAGUUGGACAGCAUACUGACUGCUCUGGAGCCUCUCCAUCGGCCCAUUGAGGUCCCAGGUGGCUCUGUGCUGCUUAGAGAGCUUGCCAAUGCAGGCCACGUCACUGAUGCAACACUCUCUGCUCUUGCCACCCCACUGCUGCACGCCCUCACUGCAGCACAUGCUUACAUCCUUAUGUUCGUACACACCUGCAGAGUUGGACAGAGUGAGAUCCGUGCUAUCUCGGUGAACCAGUGGGGCUCUCAGCUGGGUCUUAGUGUUCUGAACAAACUAAGUCAGCUCUACUGCUCUCUGGUGUGGGAGAGCACUGUGCUGCUGUCCCUUUGUACACCAAACAGUUUGCCCCCUGGCUGCGAGUUUGGUCAGGCUGACAUGCAGAAACUUGUGCCCAAGGAGGACAAACCCUCCAGCAGCAUAGCAGCAGCUGCAGGCAGAAGGACUGCUGAGACAGAGACCCCAUCUGUGGGGGUGGACCCCUCUGCUCAGGGUUUGCUUGAGGGAAUGGGGUUGGAUGGAGACUCCCUCGCUCCCAUGGAGACGGACGAGCCCACUGCCACUGACCCGAAGGCCAAGUCCAAACUCACCCCUGCCAUGGCAACACGCAUCAAGCAAAUCAAGCCUCUGCUCUCAGCCUCAUCACGUUUGGGCAGGGCUCUGGCAGAGCUUUUUGGGUUGCUGGUGAAGCUUUGUGUGGGCUCACCUGUCCGUCAGCGGCGCUCUCACCACACUACCAGUACGGGCACCGCUCCAACACCGGCUGCACGGGCCACCGCUUCUUCUUUGACUAAACUCCUCACAAAGGGCUUGAGCUGGCUACCACCUCCCUACACACCCACACCACGCUUCAGGUUGACAUUCUUUAUUUGCUCUGUUGGCUUCACAUCACCCAUGCUGUUUGAUGAGAGGAAGUAUCCAUACCAUCUUAUGCUGCAGAAGUUCUUCUGUUCUGGUGGCCAUGAUGCGUUGUUUGAGACAUUUAACUGGGCGCUGUCCAUGGGAGGAAAGGUGCCUGUGUCAGAGGGCCUAGAACAUCUUGAGCUGCCUGAUGGGACAGGGGAGUUCCUUGAUGCCUGGCUGAUGCUAGUGGAGAAGAUGGUGAACCCCAGCACAGUGCUGGACUCCCCUCACUCUCUGCCUGCUAAAGUGCCUGGAGCAACGCUCAACACCCCACAAUUCAGCGCCUUGCGCUUCCUCAUCGUCACUCAGAAGGCUGCAUUCAACUGUAUCCGUAACUUGUGGAACCGUAAGCCCUUGAAGGUUUAUGGUGGGCGCAUGGCAGAAUCCAUGCUGGCCAUUCUGUGCCACAUCUUGCGAGGAGAACCCAUCAUCCAGGAGCGCCUGGCCAAAGAGAGGGAAGGCACUGCUCGACCUGAUGAAGAAGGCAGCUCUUCUAGUGCUGUAGCAGCAACCGUGUCCUCCGGAACAGGUGCAGUAGUUGCAGAAGGAGUGCCUGCAGUUGCUAACGGAAGCACUGCCGGAAGCUCUGCAGAGGAGGGCAGCAAUUCGACAACCCGCAGAGAGCCACAAGUCAACCAGGCCCAGCUCACUCAGCUAAUGGACAUGGGCUUCUCCAGAGAGCAUGCACUGGAAUCUCUGCUGAACACCAGCACUAUGGAACAGGCCACAGAGUACCUGCUCACGCACCCUCCUCCUCUGCUCAGCGCAGCUGUCAGGGAGUUCACCAUGUCUGAAGAAGACCAGAUGAUGCGGGCAAUUGCCAUGUCUCUAGGUCAAGAAGUUAGCAUGGAGCAGCACUCAGACUCACCUGAGGAAGCAGCUCGCCGGCGUGAGGAAGAGGAGAGGAGAGCGAGGGAGCGGGUAGAAGAGGAAGAGGCACGGUGUCUGGAGCGCUUCCUGGAAGCUGAGCCUCUGGACACCACAGAGCUACAUACCUUCACAGACUCUAUGCUGCCUGGCUGCUUCCACCUGCUGGACGAGCUGCCAGACACUGUCUACCGCCUCUGUGACCUGCUUAUGACCGCCAUCAAAAGAAACGGUGCUGAAUACAGAGACCUCAUCCUUAGACAGGUGGUCAAUCAGGUGUGGGAGGCCGCCGACGUGUUGAUAAAGGCUGCCGUGCCACUGACCACUAGUGACACCAAGACUGUGUCUGAGUGGACAAGACAGAUGGCAACUCUCCCCCAGGCUUCCAACCUGGCCACCCGCAUCCUGCUGCUCACACUGCUCUUUGAGGAGCUGAAACUCUCAUGUGCGCGUGUGGUGGAGAGCAGUGGCGUCUUGACUGUGCUGAUUAAGUUGUUGGAGGUGGUACAGCCCUGUCUGCAGGCUGCCAAAGAGCAGAAGGACAUCCAGACACCCAAAUGGAUAACCCCUGUGCUCCUGCUUAUUGACUUCUAUGAGAAAAUGGCUGUUUCAUCCAAACGAAGAGCCCAGAUGAACAAGUACCUGCAGCCUAAUGGGAAUAACUGGCGCUGGUUUGAUGACCGUUCUGGCCGCUGGUGCAGCUAUAGCGCUAGUAACAACAGUACAAUAGACUCUGCCUGGAGGGCGGGAGAGACCAGUGUCCGCUUCACUGCUGGCCGAAGGAGAUACACUGUCCAAUUCAACACCAUGGUGCAGGUGAAUGAGGAGACUGGGAAUAGACGUCCAGUUAUGUUGACUGUGCAGAGGGUGCCGCGAAUUCCCAAGUCCUCUAAAUCGGGAAGUGUCACUGAUACUGAGAGAGAGGAGGGAGAACAGAGAGCCAAGACUGAGGAAACACAGACAGACAUAGAUCCCACAUCUGUGGCUGUGGAAAUGGCACCCCCUAAAGAGGAGUCGGAGCAGAAGGAUUCAAACACAUCAGCUCCCUCCACUCUUCAGGACCCCUCUAUUUUCAGCAUCAUUGUUGUGCAGGGUCUGACGGAGGAGAUGAUCACCAUUUUGAUCCGAGCCUGUGUCAGCAUGAUUAGCGUUCCUGUGGACCCAGACACUUUGCACGCUACCUUGCGGCUCUGUCUGCGUCUCACACGCACGCACCAUUACGCCAUGAUGUUUGCUGAGCUUAAGAGCACACGCAUGAUCCUGAAUCUCACGCUGAGCUCUGGGUUCAAUGGCUUCACCCCACUGGUCACGCUUCUCUUUCGACAUAUCAUAGAGGACCCAGCCACACUGCGUCAUACGAUGGAGAAGGUAGUGCGGUCUGCAGUCACUAGUGGUGCAGGAAGCACUACUUCGGGUGUGGUGUCAGGUAGUCUGGGCUCCAGGGAAAUCAAUUACAUCUUGCGUGUUCUUGGCCCAGCGGCCUGCCGCAACCCAGAGUGCUUUACAGAAACUGCCAAGGGUUGUAUCCGAAUUGCUCUUCCGGCCCCGAGAGGCGCUGGGUCUGCCUCUGAUGAUGAGUUUGAGAACUUCAGAAUAAAGGGUCCUAAUGCUGUGCAGUUGGUGAAGACCACACCCGUUAAGCUGUCUCCAUUGCCAUCCAUACCAGAGACGAUUAAAGAGGUCAUCUAUGACAUGCUAAAUGCCCUAGCAGCAUAUCACGCACCAGAGGAGGCAGAAAAAGGAGAUGAGCGGGUAGCAGCAGUACCGGGGAGUCAGGACCUGUGUCAGAUCUUGCAGGAUGUUGGGGAUGAUGUCUACCAGCAGUACAGACUCACCAGACAGGGCAGUGACUUUGACUCACAGUCUGCCUUCCACAUAAAUGCUCAGGUUUUUGCUGCAGAUGGUGCUGUUGCAGAAUCUUCACAGUCUGGAACUCCACAAGGAGAAGCCUCUACGCCUGAGGAAAUGCGUGACGAAAAGAAGGAACAGGAGGGAGAGAAGGGAGCUUCUUCAGAGGAGAGCCGAGCAGCAAAAGCGAAGGCCAGCAAACCCCUGAUGCCCACCUCUACCAUCCUGAGACUGCUGGCAGAGCUGGUGCGCUCCUACGUUGGCAUUGCCACACUCAUCACCUCUUACAACUACACAGCUGGCCAAUCAGAGCUCAUUAAGGAGGAUUGCAGUGUGCUGGCAUUUGUUCUGGACCACUUGCUCCCACACACUCAGAACUCAGAGGACAAGGACACCCCUGCCCUUGCACGUCUUUUCCUGGCCAGCCUCGCUGCAUCAGGCACGGGUACAGAUGCCCAGGCGGCCCUGGUCAAUGAGGUUAAAGCUGCUCUGAGUCGGGCUUUGGGAAUGGCAGAAGGCACAGAGAAACAUGCCCGCUUGCAGGCAGUGAUGUGCAUCAUCAGCACCAUCAUGGAGUCGUGUCCUUCCACCUCCAGCUUUUACAGCACAGCCACAGCCAAGACCCAGCAUAACGGAAUGAACAAUAUCAUCCGCCUCUUCUUGAAGAAAGGCCUUGUUAAUGACCUUGCCCGUGUGCCUCACAGCCUUGAUCUAUCUAGUCCCAACAUGGCAAACACAGUAAAUGCUGCUCUUAAGCCUUUGGAGACUCUGUCACGAAUUGUGAACCAGCCCAGCAGCCUUUUUGGGGGUAAAGGGGCAUCCAGCAAGAACAAGACAGAAAAUGGCACUGUCAGGGACAGCAACAGCAACACACAGGAUCAGGGGGUAGGUGAGGCAGAGCCAGUUGAGAAUCGUAACCGUGGUCAAGCCACGGAUGCAGACCUGAUGGAUGGUGAAACCGAGGGAGACACUGUGGUCAUUGCUGGACAACCUGAGGUGCUAAGCACUCAGGCCAUGCAGGUGGAGAAUGAGUUGGUGGAUUUAAUAGAUGAACUUUUAGAGAGAGAUGCAGGGACUGUCAAUAGCGCCAUCAUCGUGGGUCGAUCUGGAGAGGAUGAGUCUCAGGAGGAUGUUCUGAUGGAUGAAGCACCUUCCAAUAUGAGUCAGGCCUCAACCCUGCAGGCCAACAGAGAAGACUCCAUGAACAUCUUGGAGCCAGAGGAUGAGGAGCACACACAGGAGGAAGACUCCAGUGGUAGCAAUGAGGAUGAAGACAGUCAAGAUGAGGAGGAAGAGGAGGAGGAGGAAGAGGAAGAGGAUCAGGAUGAUGAAGAGGGAGAUGAGGAUGAUGAUGACGAAGGCUCUGAGAUGGAACUGGAUGAAGAUUUUCCUGAUAUCAACGCUGCCCCACACAUCCGUUUUGAGAGAUUUGAUCGAGAUGAUGACCUCAUUAUAGAAUUUGAUAACAUGUUCUCCACAUCUGCUGACAUCCCUCCCUCGCCAGGAAAUAUCCCCAGCUCCCACCCUCUGAUGGUGCGCCACGCUGACCACGGCUCACUGACACUUGGGGGAACAGGCACCAGCAGUAGAUUGGCUCAGGGCAUGGGACGUAGCCAACGCUCUCUCCGCCAGCUCACAGCCAACACAGGGCACACCAUCCAUGUACAUUAUCCUGGCAAUCGUCAACCCAACCCUCCACUCAUCCUGCAGAGAUUACUAGGCCCCAGUGCUGCAGCUGAUAUCUUGCAGCUAUCUAGCUCUCUGCCCCUGCAGUCACGCGGCCGCGCCCGUCUCCUGGUGGGUAACGAGGAUGUGCACAUUAUCGCCCGGUCGGAUGAUGAGCUGCUAGAUGACUUCUUCCAUGAGCAGAGCAGCACUGGAGGACAAGCUGGCACCCUUUCAAGUAUCCCGACCGCCUUAACCAGAUGGACUGAUGAGUGUAAAGUUCUGGAUGCUGAGAGCAUGCAUGACUGUGUGGCAGUGGUGAAGGUGCCCAUCCUGCAGCACCUGGAGUGUUUGCGUGAUGAAGAGCUGGAGGAACGCAGGGAGAAAAGGAGGAGACAGUUGGCUGAAGAAGAGGAGACUGCCAAACAGAAUGGGAGUUCUUCAGCUGGGCAAGAGACCCAGGAACAGAGCCUGCAGGGCUCUGGGAUUGGAACAGUCAAUGGAGCUGGAGAGAAUGCUGCAGACGGAGAACAGGCUCAGAGCGGGGUUUCGUCCUGUCUGGACCCUCCACGGACCUCUGAGGGUUUCCUCACAGCACCCCCAUCAGGAGAAGUCACCCCAACUACCCCUGCCCCCCACGAGCAAGCCUUUGUGUCCUUGGAAACAGCUAUCAGCCAGCAAGUGCACCAGCCAAUCACAGAGCUGCUGCUGGCUGACUCCAAUCCAGAUUCUCACAGGGUCUUGGUAGGGGCAGGGCUUCCCCGGCUCUCAGCACCUGAUGGGCAAAAUUGUGAGGCAGAAGCAUCUCAGAUGGAGAUGUCACCUGCACCCACUAUCGGUGAGAGAGGAGGAGGAGGAGGAGCAUUGGAUGCAGUCAGGGAAGCUUCUCUCAGUCCAGAUUUAGCUGAGAUUUCAGAGCCUGUGCCAGUGAGUGUGUCUCAACUUGAAGGUUCUCCCAUGGAUACGAGCAGUCCUGCCUCAGGAACACAGGAAGAGCCAGUCGCCAGCUCAGCCCCACCCAAUAACAUGUCUCAGGAACUCUCAGGAAGUGGUGACAGUGGACUCACAGACAGGCAGACAGAUACAGAAACAGGCUCAACAUCAGUUUCUUCUGGAGAGACUAUGCCUCGGAGUGACAGUGCAGAUAGCCAAUCACAGGCCAUCCAAGAGGAACCCCUCCCAGCUACCAGCAAUGAAGAGGAAGACCCUCUGGCAGGCAUCAGUCUACCAGAAGGUGUCGACCCAUCUUUCUUGGCUGCACUGCCUGAGGAUAUCCGUCGGGAGGUGCUGCAAAACCAGCUGGGGAUUAGACCCCCCUCUCGUCCUCCUGUCACCUCCACACUGGUAUCUUCAGUUAACUCUGUACUGGCUGGAGGGCCAAGUGUGACAGAGGUCAGCCCAGAGUUCCUAGCUGCUCUGCCACCUGCCAUUCAGGAGGAGGUUUUGGCCCAGCAGCGGGCGGAACAGCAGCGCCGAGAGUUAUCCCAGCAACCCCCACUGGGUGAUCAACCUCUGGACCCCGUCACGUUCAUUCAGACCCUGCCCUCUGAGCUGCGUCGAUCUGUGCUGGAGGACAUGGAAGACAGCGUAUUAGCGGUCAUGCCCCCAGACAUUGCAGCAGAAGCUGCAGCUCUGCGUAGGGAACAGGAGGCCAGACAGAGACAGCUGAUGCAUGAGAGGUUGUUCGGCCACAGUUCCUCUUCAGCCCUGUCUGCCAUCCUGCGCUCACCUGCCUUCACCAGCCGCCUGGGUGGCAACCGUGGGGUGCAGUACACCCGGCUGGCAGUGCAAAGAGGAGGCACAUUUCAAAUGGGUGGGAGUGCCAACCACAGCCGCCCAUCUAGUUCUAAUGUGGAUUCUCUCCUGCGCUUGCGAGGGCGUCUCCUGUUAGACCACGAGGCCUUAUCCUGCCUUCUAGUGCUGCUUUUUGUGGACGAGCCCAAGUUAAACACCAGCCGUCUCCACCGAGUGCUGCGUAACUUGUGUUACCACUCCCAAACACGAGGCUGGGUCAUCCGCAGCCUGCUGUCCAUCCUGCAGCGCAGCAGCGAGAGCGAGCUCUGUACGGAGACCACACGUCUGGAAGAGUCUCGUGGCAAGCGCUCGCUUGGCCAGGGCACUUCCAGCGGAGGCAAGGGCUCCUCUUCAUCCCCGCAGGCUGCUGUAGCCUCUUCGUUAUCCUCCUCCUCCUCAUCUUCCUCUCUGGAGCUGUUGAACAGAGUGGAGUCACGUAGUUCCAGUCAGCUCUCCUGGCUGUCUGUAUCGAUGGACGCUGCUCUGGGGUGCAGGACCAACAUCUUUCAGAUCCAGCGGGCAUCGGGCAGGAAACACGUGGAGAGGCAUUCAGCAGGAGGCGGCAUGAGCUCAGGAGCGCUUGGAGGUGGAGUUACAGGAACAGGAGUCGCCUGUUCGGGGGGAGGAGGUGGAUCAACUGUUCACAUCCACCCACAAGCAGCUCCAGUCGUCUGUCGACAUGUACUGGAUACACUCAUCCAACUGGCAAAGGUAUUCCCCAGUCACUUCACUCAGCAGCGCUGUAAGGACCCUCUGUCCUCUUUGGAGCCGGACUUUCGUAUUUGUGCCAGCUCUACACCAAAUGUUAGUAGAAGCUGCCUGUUGGGUGGCACCAGCCAGAGCAAUUCCGCAGCUACCCCAAGCAAUUCCUCUUCUACCCACAAUUCCCUGAGCACCUGCUCAGGUACACCACAGUCUCUGGGCAUCUCCACUGACUUCUGGGAUCUCCUGGUUAAGCUGGACAACAUGAAUGUGAGCCGCAAGGGCAAGGCCUCCAUGAAGACUGUGCCCCUAGGAGGCGCUGGCGAGACAGAGGGGCUGCUGUUUAGUCUUGAGGCAUCUCCGCUGGGUCAGUUGAUGAACAUGCUGUCCCACCCAGUGAUCCGUCGUAGUUCUCUGCUCACUGAGAAACUGCUACGCUUGCUCUCUCUUAUCUCCAUUGCUCUGCCUGACAAUAAGGCCACAGAGGUUCCGGCCAGCCACCCAGUGCCUCAGGCUCCCACUGCCACCCCAUCUGCCCCCGCCACUCAAACCACAGUGGGUUCAGCGAACAUCUCAGCAGCGACAGGUACGAGCUCCACGCAGGGAUCAUUGGUCCCAACGCCUGCUCAACCAGCCACUACAGCAGGCACUGCUGUUGCAGGCAGCAGCACCACCUCCAGCAGUAUUGCUGUAAGUAAGCUAAAGGCAGCUGUGAGUAGCACUGACAACGAAACCAAACUGGCCUCUGCUGGACUAACAGAGAAACAGCUGCAGCUUUCUGUUGAGGUGCUGACCUCCCAUUCGUGUUCAGAGGAAGGUCUAGAGGAUGCAGCCAACAUCUUGCUGCAGCUGUCCAGAGGGGACGCUCUGACCCGAGACACAGUCCUCAGACUGCUGCUCAGCGGGGCCCGCCACCUCGGAUACACUCUCUGCAAACAAAUUGGCACUUUACUGGCGGAGUUGAGGGAAUAUAACCUGGAGCAGCAGAGAAGAGGCCGUGCUGAUGCUCAGUCUCCUGAAGCUUCUCAUGAGGACCCAUCCAUCACCACACGCCCCAAAGGCAAGAUGACCAGCAGAUUUGACGGGUCGGAGAGCGUGGUAAUUGUGGCUGCUCAGAAGCGUACAUUAGGCGGCCGUGAGCUGCAGCUGCCCUGCAUGAGCUCACUCACAUCCAAGACCUCCACACAGAAGUUCUUCCUGCGCGUGCUGCAGGUCAUCAUACAGCUUAGAGAAGACACAAGGCGUGCAAACAAGAAAGCCAAGCAGACAGGAGGAAGACUAAGUUCGACAAGUCUGGGCUCGGCCAGCAGUAUCCAGGCUGCAGUCCGUCAGCUAGAGGCUGAAGCAGACGCCAUCAUUCAGAUGGUGAGAGAGGGGCAGAGGGCACGCCGUCUACAGCAGGCCCCCCCACCUUCUUCAUCUGCAUCCUCUUCUGUUGCUGCUGCUGCAUCUGCUGCUGUGGCUGGAUCAUCCACCCCUAGUACCUCUGCAACCAACAAUCCCCCAGCUGGCACGGCCAGCGCAGCCACGUCUGAGAUGCACUCUGCUGCCGUGGCCCCAGCAACCCAAAGGGACGAUUCACCCAUGGAUGUGGACGAGCCCUCGCCCUUAGAGCAGGACCAGGCAGCAUUAGGUGAAGAGAGCAGUAGUCAGCAAGAACAGGAAGAGCGUUUGCCUGACCUGCCACUGUUAAGUGAGCAGCUCUUAUUGGAUGAGCUGUGGGACAUGCUGGGAGAGUGUCUAAAGGAACUCGAGGAGUCUCACGACCAACAUGCAGUUUUAGUGCUACAGCCAGCAGUGGAGGCCUUUUUUCUGGUGCACGCCACAGAGCGUGAAAGCAAACCUCCGGUUCGAGACACACGGGAGAGUCAGCUGUCACACAUCAAGGAUGAGCCACCUCCACUGUCCCCCGCCCCUCUCACCCCUGCCACACCCUCUUCCCUGGAUCCUUUCUUUUCCCGAGAGUCCUCCUCUAUGCACAUCUCCUCCAACCUGCCUCCAGACACACAGAAUUUCCUGCGUUUUGCAGAGACUCACCGCACAGUGCUGAAUCAGAUCCUGCGCCAAUCCACCACUCAUCUGGCAGAUGGGCCAUUCGCUGUUCUGGUUGACUACAUCCGCAUCUUGGACUUUGAUGUUAAGCGCAAGUAUUUCCGUCAGGAGUUGGAGCGUCUGGAUGAGGGGCUGAGGAAAGAGGAUAUGGCCGUCCAUGUGAGGAGAGACCACGUCUUUGAAGAUUCUUACAGAGAGCUGCACCGCAAGAGCCCAGAGGACAUGAAGAACAGACUUUAUAUAGUUUUUGAAGGGGAGGAGGGUCAGGAUGCAGGUGGUCUGUUGAGAGAGUGGUACAUGAUCAUCUCCAGAGAGAUGUUCAACCCCAUGUACGCUUUGUUCCGCACCUCCCCCGGUGACCGGGUGACCUACACCAUCAACCCUUCUUCCCACUGCAACCCCAACCACCUCAGCUACUUCAAGUUUGUGGGGCGCGUGGUGGCCAAGGCUGUCUAUGACAACAGACUACUAGAGUGCUACUUCACACGCAGCUUCUACAAGCACAUUCUGGGCAAGAGUGUCAGGUAUACAGACAUGGAAAGCGAGGACUAUCCCUUCUUCCAGGGUCUGGUCUACUUGUUGGAGAAUGAUGUCUCUAAUCUGGGCUACGAGCUGACAUUCAGCACAGAGGUCCAGGAGUUUGGUGUCUGUGAGGUGAGAGAUUUGAAGGGCAAUGGUGCAAACAUUCUUGUCACGGAGGAAAAUAAGAAGGAAUAUGUGCAUCUGGUCUGCCAAAUGAAGAUGACAGGUGCAAUCCGUAAGCAGCUGGCCGCCUUCCUGGAGGGCUUCUAUGAGAUCAUCCCCAAGAGACUGAUAUCCAUCUUUACUGAGCAGGAGCUGGAGCUUCUCAUCUCUGGCCUGCCCACCAUUGACAUCGAUGACCUCAAGGCCAAUACUGAAUACCACAAGUACCAGUCCAGUUCUAUCCAGAUUCAAUGGUUCUGGCGUGCAUUACGAUCCUUUGACCAGGCUGACCGGGCCAAAUUCCUUCAAUUCGUUACAGGCACAUCCAAAGUGCCACUGCAGGGCUUUGCUGCACUGGAGGGAAUGAACGGUAUCCAGAAGUUCCAGAUCCACCGAGAUGACCGCUCUACCGACCGUCUGCCCUCCGCACACACUUGCUUUAACCAGUUGGACCUCCCAGCAUAUGAGAGCUAUGAGAAGUUAAGACACAUGCUGCUGAUGGCCAUCCAGGAAUGUUCUGAAGGUUUUGGAUUGGCCUAAAUACUCUCCUAAAUCCACACACACACAGAGAUGUUAGACUUACAUGUUGUUAACUUAUGACACACACAUGCAUAUUCAAACCAUCAUACACAUGGCCAAGACCUACUUCUAAUCCACAUAAAACCGACAGAUGGACGAGUGAAAGAGAUGUAUUGACAUUGCCUACUACACACAGAGCCUCUCAUUGACACGCCGAACUGUAUUUUGUAUGUGUGUGUCUCACCUCCCUAUUAAAAUUACAGAGCCUGAGAGAGGAUUAUGGAGGAUAUCUGUGGACUAAUAUAAAGACAUUUUCUCCAUUUAGUUUGGUUUCUUUGUACAAAAGGUUUGGGAGUUUAUUAUGUUUAAUCUUUUUUGUUCUUCUCUGGCUGUUAAAAAAAAGGUGAGGGUUGUGUGUAAAGAGGAUGGUUGUAACCCUCUGUGGGGGAGAGAAGAAGUUAAAUGUCCUCUGUUGCUGAUGUGUGACCUCACAAGCUUUGCAAAUGGGAACUUUAAUUUAGGGGAGGGAAAGUUAUGGAAGAGGGAGGGAGUGAACAUUAAAUUAGGUUUUGGUGAAAUUGCAGAAGUGCAGGGAUUUUCAGAAGGGGGGCAUUUUUAGGCAACUUUUGUGAAAUUUUUGGAGACACAGAUUUGAGAAGUGAAGGACAUGAGCCGCAGGUGCUCAGACAUGUGCGGUUAUUACCCAACUGCUGACGCAGCCUCUCAGCAGCUAAUCAGAAAAAUUGCUGCAUAAAUAAAUGCAUAAAAAAAGAGCCCACUGUGUCUGUCCUCUAGAGUUGUUUCAGUGUAUGCCUUACACCAUUUGCACUAACAGGAACAAAUAUCAUUUAUUUGUUGGAAAAUAUAAAACACCGAUGGAGGUCCGUGGAAACUAACUUGACGCAUGCUUGUUGGGUCAAAGUAUUAAAAGCUCUUUUGUUCAUGUAAUGUUUGUUACAAUCUAUCCAGUUAUAGAUAAUCUGUAUGAAUCCCAAGUUUAUGAUUAUGAAUUGUUAUAUUGGCUUUGGAAGGAAUAGUUAACCUUAAAAUGAAAAUGAUCUCUUU